AUGCGCGUCGUCGCCGCGCUGUCGCUCGCGCUCGCGCUUUCCGCGGCGUCGUGCGACGCGAUAUCGGUCAACGCGCGAUGGCGCGUCGACGCGCUGCGCGCGCGCGCGAUUCGACGCGGAAUAGGCGGUGGUCACGACGCAUCGGCGCGAACAUCGAUCGGCGCGCACGAGCGCUGGUUCGCCGAACAACGACUCGAUCACUUUGAUAACGCGCUGAACGCGAGCUGGACGCAGCGUUACUUCGUGAACGAUGCGUACGCGAGCGCGGAACGCGGCGCGCCGGUGUUCGUGUGCGUCGGCGGCGAAGGACCGGCGUUGGACGUCGACGUCGCGGUGGACGGGGGCGAGCACUGCGCCAUCGCGACGGCGCUCGCGAAGAAGCAUCGAGGGUUGUUCUUCGCGCUGGAACAUCGAUUUUAUGGGAAAAGUCAACCGACGGGGGAUUUAAGCGUCGAGUCGCUGCGGUUUUUGAGCAGCGCGCAGGCGUUGGAGGAUUUGGUGACGUUUACGAGGUUCGCGGCGGCGGCGUACGGAUUGGAAAUCGAACCGCGGAACGACGGGAGGAAGUACAGUAAGGUGAUCGCUUUCGGGGGAUCGUAUCCGGGCAUGCUCGCCGCUUGGUCGCGGGUGAAGUUUCCUCACGUAUUUCACGCCGCUGUCGCGAGUUCGGCGCCGGUGCGAGCGCAAAUUGACAUGCGCGGAUACUACGAAGUCGUCGGCGACGCGUUGCGAGAAAAGGACGUGGGCGGGAGCGACGCGUGUUACACCGCGGUAGAGAACGCGUUUACCGUACGUUUGAACGAGGCUUUGAAAACAUCGAGCGGUCGUCGGGCAUUAGAAAAGCAGUUCAAUGUGUGCGGCGACGAGGCGUUGGACGGCGUCGGCGCGAGGGACGAUUUCGCCGACGUCCUCCGAGCGAUGUUUCCCGCGCAAAAUAACGAUCCGUCGUGCUUAGCCGACGAUGAUUCGUGCUUUAACAUCGCCAAGGCGUGCACAAUCAUGACGUCUCACGGAGAGGACAAACUCGCUGCGCUCGCCGCGCACGUUGCCGCGGUGUUUCGCGGCGAAUGCGUGUCGCUCGAUUCUGAAGCGUAUAUGCGCGAAUUGAAGAGUGAAAUUCCAAAUCCGAAGGGCGAGGGUGAGCGACAGUGGACUUGGCAGACGUGCACCGAGUUCGCCUUCUUCCAAACGUGCGAAAAAAGUUCGAAGUGCCCAUUUAAGCUCGAUCCUCCGACCAUGCCUUUAGAGGCGUAUCACAAAAUUUGCGCCGACGUCUUCGGCGUCAGCGCCGAACAAACAAGGCUGGCGGUGGAGCGUUCGAACGCGCGCUACGGGAGCAUCACCCCAGGUGGCACGCGCAUCAUGUUUCCAUCUGGAAGUAUCGACCCUUGGAUCGCAAACAGUUUCGUUUCCGAUACGUUUGCACCGAGAUUUGAACCCGCGUUGAUCGUCAAGGGCGCCAGUCAUCACGCUUGGACGCAUCCACCCAAGGACACCGACACGGAUGCCCUCGUCGAGGCGCGCGCCAUCAUCGUUGGGCAAGUCGAGAAGUGGUUGAACGAAGGUCCGAUGGUUGGACGAAGAAACGACGCGCGCCUUCGCGUCGCAGAGGCUUGA